AUGGAGCCUGACUUCCCACUGACAGCGCAUAGCAUACGUCUGGCAACCAGACCUGUUAAUGGCAAAAUUAACCUCUCGGUUCCUAUCCCCAAAACAAGGAACCCCAGCUUAAGCUCUUCGAGGACUAUUUCAGUCAAUGUAAGCCAGAAAGUGCUCACAAACAAACACAAAAUCGAUUCUGAGAGGAAAUACAUCUUAUCCAACUCAACUGAAGGUAAAGUGUUGCAGGCUUUCAAACUGCCACUUGCUGCCAAAAUGAACCUUUCAGGUCCUACCUCCAACACAAAGGACUCUGAGAGACAGAAGGUGCUCACAAAAAGGACAAAAAUGUAUUCUGAGAAGAAACACGACUUACCCAGCUUGACUCAAGGUGAAAUGUCAUUGAUCUCUACACCACCACUUCCUGCCAAAAAGGACCUUGUGAGUCCUAACUCCAGCAGAGGGAACACCAGCAUUUUCAGCUCAAAGAAACCGUCUGUCAAUAAUAAACAGAAAGUGCUCACCAAUACACCAAAACUUGAUUCUGAGAGGGAACAUUUUCAACCCAGCUUGACUGAAGAUAAAGUGUUGCUGGUCCCCAAACCUCCAGGGAAGGAUUAUUGUAAUCCAAAAUUAAUGAAGCCUUUAAAUUUGAAAAAAGAGAAGGAUACAUUUUUCAAAUCGAACUUUAUGUAUAACCCUCAGUUUCAAUAUAACAAAACUGCUGUGCCAUCUGCCUCAGCCCAGCACAGUCAUGCCUCCAACAGAUUUCUUCAAGUGGCCAUUAAUAUCAUACAAAACACACUCAAGAAAUAUAACAAUUAUGAAAAUUAUGAACAAGCUACAGGAGGAAAUCUUCUACCAGCAAAGCAGAUCUAUCAGGAAGUACACAAAUACAUGGAGACUGAAGGUUGUCAAGGGGAGAUUGCUGUUAAUCUCACUGAAGAUGUAAUAUCACAAGCCUCUAUGGGAACUGUGAAAAGGCAACCAACAAUGACAAUAAAUGUCUCUAUGGCACGAGAAAAGUGGCUUCAAGGUACACUGAGACAUGAGAUUGGAACUCAUUAUUUUAGAACAGUCAACAAUAAUAAACAGCCAUGGAAUAACAGCAAAGGUCGAGAAAAGUAUGGUCUGGAACCAGCAAAUCCAACUGAAGAAGGACUGGCAACCAUCCACAGCCUUUUAUAUCAUCCUGAUCCCGAUUUGUGCAGAGUUGCCCUCCUGUACUAUACCAUCUACAAAGCAAGCUCAAUGUCCUUCAGUGAACUAUUUGAGCAUUUGAAAAUAUUUGUCAGAGACCCAGAAGCCAGAUGGUAUUAUUGUGUCCGAGCAAAGAGGGGCUUGACAGACACAUCACAGCCAGGAUGUUGUAAUAAGGAUCAGGUGUACCUUGAAGGUGUUCUACAAAUCCUAAGACGCAGACAUACCAUAGAUUUCAAGCUGCUAAUGGCAAUGGGAAAGGUUUCCUACGAGGAUAUAAACCGUCUAAAAAAGACUGCCGUGCUUAGUAAGCCGAGGCUCCCUCAAUUUCUCAAAGACAGGAACCAAUACAUGAUGCGUCUGGAAAAGAUAAUGCAAGUCAACGAACUAACAGACACUUUACUAAAAACGCUUGUCGAUUGA